AUGGGAAAUAACAACACAAACAGUACAAGAGCAAACUGCACUGAUCUUCAAAUGCCAUUUCAGGACUCCCUCUAUGCAACCACCUAUAUCCUGAUAUUCAUACCUGGUCUUGUGGCCAACAGUGCAGCCUUGUGGGUCCUGUGCCGCUUCAUCAGCAAGAAAAAUAAAGCCAUCAUUUUUAUGAUCAACCUCUCUGUGGCUGACCUGGCUCAUGUGCUGUCAUUACCCCUCCGGAUUUAUUAUUACAUCAAUCACCACUGGCCUUUCCAGAGGGCCCUUUGUCUGUUGUGCUUCUACCUGAAGUAUCUCAACAUGUAUGCCAGCAUUUUCUUCCUGACGUGCAUCAGCCUGCAGAGGUGCUUCUUUCUCCUCAAGCCAUUCAGGGCCAGAAACUGGAAGCGUAGGUAUGAUGUGGGCAUCAGUGCUGCCAUCUGGGUCAUCGUGGGGACUGCCUGUUUGCCACUUCCCAUCCUGAGGAGUGCGAACUUAGCCAAGAACACCAAAUUCUGCUUUGCUGAUCUAGGGAUUCACAACAUUAGCAUGGCUUCUUCCAUUGGUAUGGUAACUGCAGCUGAACUUGGAGGGUUUGUAUUGCCUGUUAUAAUUAUAACUUAUUGCACCUGGAAAACAAGAAAAUCUUUACAGGAAUUCCAAGUUCCCCCUCAGAAUACAAAAGAAAGGAAAAAAGCUUUGAGGAUGGUCCUGAUGUGUGCAGUGGUGUUCAUUGUGUGUUUCACUCCUUACCAUCUCAACUUCCCAUUCUUUAUGAUGGUGAAGCAACAUGUUUUUUCAAAUUGUUCCUUCAUUAAGAGCACUCUAUGUUUCCACAUCAUUUCCCUGUGUCUUGCAAAUCUGAAUUGUUGUCUUGAUCCAGUCGUAUAUUAUUUUAUGACUUCAGAAUUUCGUGAUCAAUUUUCAGAACAUGGAGGCUCGGUUCUUCAGUCAUGUGUGAGAUGCAAGGACAAUGCUUUGGAAAUUCGUCAAAGGGAGGAGGAUCUUCAAACUAUCUCACUUGAAUGUUUGGAUAUUCCAAGACAAUGUAAUCAAACAAUCAGUUAG